UGCCCUUAAUGGGCGCUGGUGUGGUUCAGAAUGGACUCCUUCCCUGGGUCAGGAGUCUGGGCAGGCCCACAGCAGGGUCACAAAGAUACAUGAGACACAUCCUCAGGAGUCGCUCCGCGUCCAGGCAGGUCAGGCCACAGACAGACCAACAGAACUCCGACGAGACAAGCAGGGGUGCCUGGCAGCUGUCCGGACAGCAUUGCUUCCCCUGCCCUGAGCGCCAGGGGCUUGCAGUGGCCUGUUCCUCCCACAUUGCAGCGAAUGAGGUUAAACGGGCUCUCAGAUGAGAAGGGCCAAGUGUAGGUGGAGCACACUGUAGGCCUUCACUUAGCAUUGUGCUUCUCCCCACGCUGCCUGCCCCCAAGCUGGGGCCAGAGGGACCUAUGGUGGGGGCCUCACCUCAGAAGGACCAGCCAGUUCUCUGCACAGGGAGGUGGCUGAGGGCUGCCAGGCUGGGAAGGGGGAGUGAGGGCCUCACUGCCCGGCCCUCUGGCAGGAUGGGGCACCUCCCUGACCCAGGCUUCCUGCCCAGCAUCCCAUGUCCACGGUCUGGUCCCUGGGGUGUCUCCAGGCCCAUGCUGCCCAAAGCAUCCAGAGCAUAAUACUGCUGGCCACCCAUAGCACCUAUUGUGUGCGAGACCUAGCCCAGGGCCUUAGAGACAUAGCGUCUGUCCACCCCAGCCUCCUGCCUCAGGCCACACAGGUAGUAUGCUGGAGCAUAAUUUGAACCGCAGCCUGUGGUAGUGCCAGGGCCUGCCAGGUGUACCCCCCGUGGAAGACUGGCUGGAGGCUGACCUGGACCAAGCAGGUUGCCCUUUCCCAGAGUGGGCAUGAAAGUGGUUGCCAGGUCACCGCUACCUCACAGAGGAGCUUUAGGGGGCUCCUCCUCCCAGGCACGUCUUCAUUUGGCCAAAUGAAGUGGGACAGAUUAAGCUGAGGGCCCCCGACAUGCAUUGGGGAAGGCUGUGGGCUGUGCAAGGAUUUGGAGACAUUUGAUGGUGAGAGGGCUUAUUCUGGGACAGGGCAUGCAUGGGGCAAGAAUGCCCAUCUGGGCUCAACCUGGCUGGAUUCCUGAGGAUGCAGGUGACCUGGAAGGAAGCCCAAAUUCCACAUCUUGACCAGGAGUAGGUGGAAGUGAGGGAAUGUGCACUUAUUAGGCACCCCUGUAUAUGUCCCCUGGGUACCAGGGGCAUGGACAGGAGGCCCCAGAGAGUGGAGAGGAAGCCAAAGCAGCCCAGCCCAAGCUGGGACCAGACAGGUCCAGACAGUGCGUCGGGGGACCCUCUCCAUCUCCCCCUCUCAGGAGCCCUAGGAGCUUUAAUGCUGUAGCCAGAGGGAGAGUCACUGAGUGCUCACUGGCUUCCCGCCCACUGCAGAUGCUCAUGGUCCCUGGUGUCCUCGAGCCUCAUGUGAGAGCUGCUGCUCCGAGCUGAGGCCUGGCUCCCAGGAGGAUGCCCCAGCCGCCAGCCAGCUCCCGUCUGCACCAUGAGUGAUGAGCGGCGGCUGCCUGGCAGUGCGGUGGGCUGGCUGGCAUGUGGUGGCCUCUCCCUGUUGGCCAACGCCUGGGGCAUCCUCAGCGUGGGUGCCAAGCAGAAGAAGUGGAAGCCGCUGGAGUUCCUGCUGUGCACGCUUGCGGCCACCCACAUGCUCAACGUGGCAGUGCCCAUUGCCACCUACGCCGUGGUGCAGCUGCGGCGGCAGCGCCUCGACUACGAGUGGAAUGAGGGCCUCUGCAAGGUCUUCGUCUCCACCUUCUACACCCUCACCCUGGCCACCUGCUUCUCCGUCACCUCCCUCUCCUACCACCGCAUGUGGAUGGUGCGCUGGCCCGUCAACUACCGGCUGAGCAACGCCAAGAAGCAGGCGGUGCACACGGUCAUGGGCAUCUGGACGGUGUCCUUCGUCCUGUCGGCCCUGCCUGCUGUCGGCUGGCACGACACGAGCGAACGCUUCUACGCCCAUGGCUGCCGCUUCAUCGUGGCUGAGAUUGGCCUGGGCUUCGGCGUCUGCUUCCUGCUACUGGUGGGUGGCAGCGUGGCCAUGGGUGUGGUCUGCACAGCCAUCGCCCUCUUCCAGACGCUGGCUGUGCGGGUGGGGCGCCGGGCCGACCGCCACGCCUUCACUGUGCCCACCAUCGUGGUGGAGGAUGCGCAGGGCAAGCGACGGUCCUCCAUCGAUGGCUCCGAGCCCGCCAAAACCUCGCUGCAGAUCACGGGCCUGGUGGCCACUAUCGUCAUCAUCUACGACUGCCUCAUGGGCUUCCCCGUGCUGGUGGUGAGCUUCAGCAGCCUGCGGGCAGACACCUCGGCACCCUGGAUGGUACUGUGUGUGCUGUGGUGCUCAGUGACGCAAGCCCUCCUGCUGCCCAUAUUCCUCUGGGCCUGCGACCGCUACCGCGCCGACCUCAAGGCCGUCUGGGAGAAGUGCGUGGCCCUCAUGGCCAACGAUGAGGACUCGGACGAUGAUACCAGCCUGGAGGGUGGCGUCCCCCCGGACCUGGUGCUGGAGCGCUCCCUUGACUACAGCUAUGGGGGCGACUUUGUGGCCCUGGAUAGGAUGGCCAAGUAUGAGCUCUCUGCCCUGGAGAGGGGCCUGCCCCAGUUGUACCCGCUGCGGCCCUUGCAGGAGGACAAGAUGCACUACCUGCAGGUCCCGCCCACGAGACGCUUCUCGCACGACGACGCGGACGUGUGGGCCGCCGUCCCGCUGCCUGCCUUCCUGCCGCGCUGGGGCUCCGGCGAGGACCUGGCCGCCCUCGUGCUGCCCGCCGCGCCCGACCGGCGCCGCAGCGGCCUACUGGCCUUCGCCGAGGACGCGCCCCCGUUCCGCCCGCGCCGCCGCUCGGCCGAGAGCCUGCUGUCGCUGCGCCCCCCGGCCCUGGACGGUGGCCGGCGCCGCGCCCGCGACUCGCCCCCCGGCAGCCCGCGCCGCCGCCCCGGGCCCGGCGCCCGCUCCGCCUCGGCCUCGCUGCUGCCCGACGCCUUCGCGCUGACGGCCUUUGAGCGCGAGCCGCAGGCCCUGCGCCGCCCGCCCGCUGCGCCCGGGCCCUUCCCCGCCGGUGCCCCGGCCCCCAAAGGCGCCCAGCUUGGCGAGGACGCGGCGCCCCUUGGCGGCGGCGGCGGGCAGCGGAGCCCCGGGCCCCGUCCGACUGCGCACGCGCACGCGGGCCCUCUGCGCACCGGCCUGAGCGUGUCGUGGGGCGAGCCCGGGGGCCUGCGUGCGGCGGCCGGCGGCAGCACCAGCAGCUUCCUGAGCUCACCUUCCGAAUCUUCGGGGUACGUCACGCUGCACUCAGACUCGCUGGGCUCGGCGUCCUAGGGCCCGCCGGCCCCUGCCCACGCUUUCCAGGCAGCCCGCCCGCCCGCGGGGGCCAAAGCACCAAAGAUGCCACCCUGUCCAGGCUCGGGGGGCGGGGAGUGGGGGCGCGCUGAGCCUGCCAACGGCACCUGGACGUGUGCCAGCCCUGCCAGGGUGACGGGGCAGUGGCUCUAUGCCGGCCCCGGAAGCGGACGUUGUCUGGAGGGGCGAUGACAGCCCUGGACUUCACUGGUCUCAGACCAGCCUCUAGGCACGGCAUCUCCGAGCAGAGUGAGGCUGGGCUUGGGUAAAGGCGGGCUCUGCACGCCCAGCUGCGCCUCCCCCUGCCCCAGGACAGCUGGGCUGGGGGUGGUGGGGGCUGGGAGCCCAGGGACAGAGCCACCACCAGACAGAACAAAGCCUGGCCCCGCAGGAGCUAGAGCCACCGGACUGCACUCUGCUUUCCACUCUGCACUGUAACUGUCUCACCUCAGGGGUUGGGGUACAGAGGGUCUCUAAGCACAGGGGUCUUCAGAGCCCAAACAAGCUCUCUGAGCAAGUUUCAUUGCUGACCUGUUCUGCCUCGGUUUUCCUAUCUGUGAUGAGCAGGUGACCAUGUUAACUCUCAGGACUGUUUAGAGAAGUCUCCUGGUCCAUGUGCCCUGGCCACCGAGUGGACAGGGCAUGAGAGUCUAGUGCCCUCUGUGGUUCCUUUGUAGGGGUCAGUCUUCAGUAUGUGGCUUGGUUUGGCACCAGGCCUGAGGCCUCCCACUCUCAGUGCCCCUGGCCCCCUUGGGAACUCACUCCCCACCCAGCUAAAGCACAACACUUCUGCACCAUCACUGUUGGCACCACCCCAGCUUGACCACCAUCAGCAUCCCCACCCUCGUCACUCCGCCAUCACGGUCUACCCUCACCACUUCAGCCACCUCUGUGACUCCCACCGUGAAGGUUGUGGUACAUGGUAGAAAGAUCUGAGGCAAAAGGGGAGUGGGCUUCCUUAUUCUGGUGCCCAUCCCUGGCCUCAUCCCCCAUCCGUGCAGGUCUAGCCAGGAAGGGAUCCUGGCUUAGAGGCCUCCCAGGUUUUGGGUUUAAGGCCUGGUCCCUGGCAAGGGUCCUCCUCCACCCUGGGGGUAGGGUUCUUCUUUGCUCUCCCUCCUGGACAGAUCCCUUGCAGGCCUGGGCUUUGCCCUGGGCCCUGGGGAGGGGCAUGCUGGGUCUUCUGUGGAGGAAGACCCUAGAUUCAGGCUAAGAAGAGGCCCAGGAACAGCUGCAAUCUUGAGCUGGAGGAAUAGGGGCAGAUGCAGAGGCUUCCUCCUCCUGGCCCCUGCCUCCAUGCAGUGGCCUCUAAACCUGAAGACCUAGCGUGAAUUCUAGAGCCAGCACGGAGCCUGCCUGCUGUGUUCCCUCCUGCUCUGCAACCUGGAAUUGCAACACUGCUUCUGCCCCUCAGCAGCCAAGCCCAUCUUCUCACUCUCCAGAUAGGGUCCUGCCCCAGAAGAGGCCUCUGGGAGGGGGGAGGAUGGGGGACCACCUGGCUCCAUCUCUGCUUUGGAGGCCUCUCCACUCCCUGGCUGUGGGCUAACUUGGGGGGAUGAGCUGACCACAGGUGAGCAAGGCAGGGGACUGCAAUCCAGCCCUAGCCAUGGAAGGGGCCACCUCUGGCCAAUGAUGCUGUGCCUUCAAGGAGCAACAUGUCAUUUGGGGGCAGAGGUCAUCAGUUAGCCACUGUCCGCCCUCAGGCUCGCCCAUUUGUCACCUUGGGUUUUCACUCUGUGUAUUUCAUAUCCAAUGGCAAUACUUGCAAGGGGACGUGGUACGCUGAAGUCCCUCCAGUCCUGGUUUUUACAAAAAUAAAGAGGAGGGAGGACGCCAAGCAGAGGACCCUGGGGCCUGGGGCUCCCUCCUCACACUCUGCAUCCUCCAGGCCUUUUUGCUGCGUUGAUAAGCAGCUUGACCCUGGGCUCACCGGGAGGGAGCUCUGUCUUCCUACCACCACCCAGCCCAGAGCCAGGGAUCCGUUUGUAGUUUUUUGACAACUGAGCAUUUCUCUUCUGUACAGAAUCCAAUAAAAACGUCCUAUGAUUUGCA